AUGUCGGACGGCAAUGUGACAGUCGCAUCCAAUGUGCUCGGCACCAUUGGCACGGUGCUCUGGUGCAUCCAGUUAAUUCCACAGAUUUGGUAUAACUGGCGGCGAAAGAAUACAGAUGGGUUUCCGGCUACAAUGAUGUUUCUCUGGGCUCUUUGCUCUAUUCCGAUGGGAGCAUAUCUUAUUUUGCAGCAAGUCAAUAUCCCACUACAGAUUCAACCGCAGAUAUUCGGAUUUUUUGCGCUGGUUAGCUGGGCCCAGGUUUUGUACUAUAGUCACUGGUUGAAAGCUACGUUUGUUUGUGUGGCUAUGGUUGUGUUAUUUGGUGGGUUGGAGGCUCUUCUUAUUCUUACAUUGAGGAUACCAUAUGACAAAGGAAUUACCUGGCCGGACUUGGUUGUUGGGGUUAUUGCUGCUAUUCUUCUCAGUGCUGGGUUGUUGCCUCCAUAUUUUGAAUUGUGGAAGAGAGAUGGUCGUGUGAUUGGGUUUAACUGGGUUUUUCUCUCCAUCGAUACUUUUGGUGGUCUAUUCUCCUUGUUCGCACUCGCUGCUCAAGGAACAUUCGAUGUUUUGGGGGGUAUCAUGUACAUAUUAGUGGUUGUUCUGGAAGCAGGGAUCUACUUGAGCCAUAUCAUCUGGCGCAUUCGGUAUCGCAAGCUGCGCAAAGAAGCCAAGGAAACCGGCAAGAGUAUUGAUGACUUGUUGGAAUUGCGGAGACGGGAUACAGAGGACAGCAGAGAUCUAGAGGCAGGGGUCCUCGAUCAAGAUCAAGAUCAGGAUCAGGAUCAGGAUCAGGAUCAAGAAUCGAAACCGACAGGGGCAGAGACAGACACAUGGACAGGGGCAGGGACAGGGCCUCCAAUGGAGCGGUCAGAGAUGAGUGAGAAAUGA